AGACCGGGGCGAACCAGCAGCACCUCACAUAGAUGAAAGCGAAGAGAAGCUGCGGAGCUCCAGCCAUGUCCAGCUCCCUGCGCGUCAGCCCUUCGGUCCACGGCUACCGCUUCGACACCGCCCUGCGCAAGAAAGCUGUGGCCAACAUCUUCGAAAGCGUCAACGAAGAGUCCCUGCAGAAGCUCUUCAGAAACUCCGGGGACAAGAAAGCUGAGGAAAGAGCCAAGAUCAUCCUCGCCACCGACCAGGACCUGGAGGAGAAAACCAGAGCGCUGAUGGCUCUCAAGCAGAGGAGGAAAGACAAACUGCUGCAGUUCCUGACGCUUCGGAAAUACUCCAUCAAAGUCCACUGAGCCGGCCCGGGGAUCAGUGAUGGAGGAGAACAUUUUGGGACCUUCUGCCACGCACGGCAGCAGCUGCUGCCCUGCAAACUGCCAGUGGGACAGGGCACACUGCAAACCCUCCACGGGGCUGCAGCUCGGCCGAGCACCCAGCAAACCGCGGCGGCGCCGACGGUGGCAUCGCGGUGGGUGAGCAGCUCCCAGGGGGAUGCAGACAGGCUGCUCAGGACAGCAGUGGGACUGAGCCAUGGGGAGAUCCCCGCCCCGCACCUGAGCAUCACUUGAGACCUUCUGGUGGCCUCGGUGUUUGCUGGCUUUGCCUGUGGGCUUUGCCUCUCCAAACUUGAUUCCUUAAAGCCCUCGCCAGGCCCCACGGUGGUGGCUGGGAGGGAGGCUCUGGAGACUGAGCAGGGACCACUCUGCAUUUGUUAAAACGCCUUAAGUGCACCACGGGGGGUGCAGGGAGCCCAGGCUUCAGGAACUGCUCUAGAGGCACCACCACGCAACUCUACCUUUUCCUUCUCAAGCUGUAUGUGUGCAGGAGAGACUGUUUGCACAGAAGCAAUAAUAAUGACCUAGUUCCCUGAGUUUACUGUGAAGUUCCUCAAAAUUUUUGGUUCACUUCCCAUUACCACUAAAAAAAAACCCAAAACCCAAAGUGUCAUUAAGGAGAGUUUUUGUUUGUAUAGAUUACAACAGAUCUUAGACAACUACUUGGUGGUUAAUAUUUGAUGACAGCCUUUUUAUGAUAUCAACAAUAAUUUAUUGCCUAUGGUGAUUUGGAAUGGAAUAAAUU